CCUUCCAUUUCUUGCCUGUACAACACAUGUUGGACAUUUGCAUGUGUAACACAUAUGUGGAAUUAUAAAGGAUGCUAAAAAAUGUGUCGCAACACAAGAUAGAUAUAUAUUUGGAGAGAAAAAAAAAAUUCUAUAAAAUAUUACAUCUCAAAUGACCCUUACAUAUAUGCAGAUAAAUGCUGAAAAGAGUGAGAAGGGAAUGGAGGGGAAGAGAGAUUUACACAUGAUGAUGCUGUUUGUACAUAUUUUGUGUGCUGUGCUGAUUCUUUGCGUAUCAGUGAAGGCAUACUUUAACGUGGUAGCGAAAACAGAUGAGUAUAACUUCAUGCUACAUUUGACAAAAGCAUCCAAAUUUGUUCCAACUUGGUCUAGUCUAGACAAUCGACCGCUUCCAUCUUGGUACGAUGAAGCAAAAUUUGGAAUAUUUAUUCACUGGGGUGUAUUCAGUGUACCUAGCUUUGGCUCUGAAUGGUUUUGGAAUAAUUGGAAAGAGGAGAUUGCAAGUACAAAAUAUCAUGAUUUUAUGAGACAAAGAUAUCCUCCAAAUUUUACCUAUCAAGACUUUGCACGUGAUUUUACUGCUGAAUUCUUCAAUGCAUCUGAGUGGGCUGAAUUAUUUAAAGCAUCAGGUGCAAAAUAUGUUGUAUUGACAAGCAAACAUCAUGAAGGGUAUACAUUAUGGCCGUCAAGAUACUCAUUCAGUUGGAAUUCUAUGGAUGUAGGACCUAAAAAGGAUCUUAUUGGUGAACUAGCAAAAGCUAUUCGAAGCAAAACAGACAUAAGAUUUGGCUUGUACCAUUCCAUGUAUGAAUGGUAUAAUCCUCUUUACGUAACAGAUAAGAGAAAUAAUUUUACAACAGACAUAUUUGUAACUCAAAAGAUAAUACCAGAGUUACAAGAAUUAGUGGAAACUUACAAACCAGAAGUAGUUUGGUCAGAUGGAGAUUGGGAAGCGUCAGAUUCUUAUUGGAAAUCAAAGGAAUUUUUAGCAUGGUUAUACAAUGAAAGUCCUGUAAAGGACACAGUCGUGGUGAAUGAUAGAUGGGGUAGCAAUAUGCCAUGCCAUCAUGGUGGCUUCUUUACAUGUACUGAUCGUUUUAAUCCUGGUGUACUUCUCCCACACAAAUGGGAAAACUGUAUGACUGUUGAUAAAAAGUCUUGGGGAUUUCGUAGAAACGCUAUUUUAUCUGAAUACUUUACAUUGGCAGAAUUAGUUAAGGAAUUAAUAGUCACUGUAAGUUGUGGUGGAAACUUACUGAUGAAUGUUGGACCGACAAAAGAUGGCAUUAUUUCACCAAUAUUUGAAGAAAGACUGCGUGGAAUGGGUGCUUGGCUAGCAAUUAAUGGAGAAGCUAUUUAUGAUUCUAAACCUUGGACCAUACAGAAUGAUACUUUAACAGGAAGCACUUGGUACACACAAAGUAAAAAUGAAAAACAACUAUAUGCCUCAAUUUUAGAAUGGCCAGAAGAUAAUAUUUUAUUGUUGGGUUCGCUUAAAAUUUCAAAGAAUUUCCAAAUACAAUUACUUGGCUAUUCGUCGAUUAUUUCUUGGAAACGAUCUGAUGAUAAAUUAGAAAUAUAUUUACCUGCUAAUGCACAUAGAGGACAACCAGCUUGGGUACUAAAGAUUAGAAAGUGAUACGAUAAGAUGAUAUAUUUUAUAUAAAAACAAAUUGUUUCAGAAAUAUAUAUAUGUAUAUUUUUUUUUCUUUUACUAAGAAUAUAUAUCUUGUACAUUGGCUUUAGAAAUUUCUUAUAUAUGUAAAUCUUUUAUGUAUAUAAAUUUCUUACAAAAACA